GGAUCAAAAGUGUGGCCUGGAGGUCAUGUAAGCGACAUCACUGCCAGGCUGCUGGCUUGACACUGGCUAAAGACUUCAUAAUAGGUUUGAAGAACUAGGAAAGACCUUGGGUGAAGAAUAACAUGACUAAACAGAAGUAAACAAACACUUUAUUGGUGAGAGGUGAGACUGUGUCUCUCAGGUUUUAGUAAUUCGUUUAUCGGUUUGACUUGGCUGAUGAAUUUCAGAUGGUGGCGCCACAGUAUAAAUAUGCUUUGUUAAUCUGAUUGAAUUGACCUUUGGUGUGAAUAAGAAAGUCUGCUCUUUGUGACAGGUAAGAUGAGCGCUCUAAAUCCUUCAGAGCGACUGACUGUCAGGGUUUGGCAUUUCUUUUACAGCAAGGAGACGUGAGCCCAGGGGAAUAUCCACCAUGUUGAUGCCAUGGAGAUUGUUCCUCUGCCAGAUGGCACUGAACAUAUUCUAUCACAUCGCAAAAGCCAGUUUGUGCCUUGGUGGUCAAGACAUAUUUGCCACGGUCAGAGAGAACAGUCUCACUGGAGAGUUCAUAGCCAACCUCAGCAUCAACGGAGACCCUGGAGCCAGUAGCAUCCGCUUGUGUCUCACUGGAGAAAACGCUGACUGGUUUUACCUUGAAGGCAGAACGAUCCGCCUCAACUCGUCGUUUUCAAGGAUCUUAGAUCGAGAGGUGCUGGGAUCCGUUCUGAUAGCUGCUUUGACGUGUUAUGAAGAUAAUAUAAUUAGGAGUCGAUAUCGAAUCAUGGUGGAAAUAUUGAAUGAAAAUGACAACAUGCCAUAUUUCCUUGAAGACACAAUUCAACCACGAUAUAUAAGUGAGUUGCUGAGUGUAAACUCGAUGGUGUUCACAGUAAAAGCUAGAGAUGGCGAUGGAGACACGAUCACUUAUAUGACCGACAAAUCUACAAAUCCAAGAGAGCAUUACCAGCACUGUGUGUCUCUCAUUCAGGCCGACGCCAGCUAUUUUAGGAUUGAUCUGCCCAACAGCGGGAUGGUGAUCCUGGAUAAACCGUUGGACUAUGAGACUAAAAACCAGCUGCAGGUGGUCAUAUUUGCUGUGGAGACGAACACAAAAGAGAAGUACAGCACAACAGCGACAGUCACCGUGAAUGUUCUAGACGGUGAUGACCAGUAUCCUCAGUUUCAGCCAUGCGUACCAGUUGAUGAAGAUGGAGAUCAUAAUAUCUGCACCAACCCUGUGUACAGUGUUAACAUCACAGAGGCAGAUGAGGAUGCUGUGCUUUAUUUUUCUCCGGGUCCCAUUCAUGCAGAAGACGGAGAUAAAGACAUACUGACUCCUCUAGCCUACAGUAUUUUGUCAGGUGAUGAUAAUGGCAGAUUUACAAUCGACUCUAAAACAGGAGAAAUCUCUCUCAGGCAACGUGUGGAAAACAGAUUCCUCACACCUUCAUUCAGACUCCGCAUAAUGGCUGCGCAGGCGAACGACCCAAAGAAAUAUUCGGUGGCGACGGUACUGGUGCAUGUGGUGUCGGAGAACCGGUUUCCUCCAAUCUUCAACAAAACCGUCUACAAAGGGUUCCUCACUGAGAGCUCCAGUCCUGCUACUCUGGUCACUACCUACGGGAACCAAGUCCUGGUCGUCCAGGCCAUCGACAGGGACUUCAGCGAUGGAAUAAACCCAAAAAUCCAUUACACAAUGCAGCCCUUGAUAGGUAACACCAAACUGUACCACAUUACUCAGGAUGGCAUUGUGAUUGCAAAGACAGACCGGCUCAGAGCGUUUGAUCGACACAUUCUGGAGGUGAUUGCAACAGAUGAGGAGUCAGGUGAGACGGCCCAUGCUUCAGUGGAUAUUGAAGUGCUGCAGAGGGGACAACCAGUACCCAGAAGUCCGUUUGGUGAGGAACGUCUGUUUGGAGAGAUGAACACAGGGAUGGCUGGCGGCCUUGCUGCUCUUGUUCUGAUAGUGGCUGUGACAUUACUAUUUUUCUUCCUCUGGCUGGCCAAGAGACGGAGAGAGAGACGGGAUCCAGCGGACAGGGGCGCCGUAGCUCUUGGGAAAAACCCGAAUGUGAGCUUAAGAUGGUUUCAGCAGGUCAAUUCAGGACGUCCCAUAUCAUUCAUAGAGAAUGCCUCUUACCACAACGAGGCAUUCACUGACCAUGAAUACCCCAAUGGUUUGUACACCAAAACAGAAGACAUAGGCCUACUUCCUCCACCAACCAGGGUAUAUGAGUCUGACAGACCCACACCUCUGCAAGACAUGCUGCCCAUCCUGGUGCUCCCAGAUAUAACACCCACAAACCUCUCAUCUUCAGCUCUGAUCAAUGGGAAAGCAUGUGGAAAAUCGGUCUCUUUUAAAGACGACACCGGAACAGCAGAUGAGACUGUGCCCGAAAAUGAAGGACAGAUUGUAGUUGUAUGCAAUCAGAUGGAAACCAGAGCGGAUACUUUGACGCCUGUUGUGCAGCAAAACACUUUCACUAUCGCCACAGCAGAAAUUCCUGCAGAAAUGCUCGACGUUUGUUGUCUAAAUCCUUCAGUAAGUCCCAGAAAUGAAUAUGUCUUCACUCAAGCUAAUGAAGAUGAUGAAGAUCCAUGCAAAAACAUGGCCUCUGUUAUUUACAGCAGCGAUGAAGACAUGGGGGAAGAUGAGCCAAACGAUUUAAGGCGCUAUUACAAACAUGGACAAAACCAGUUUACAAUCGACCACAUGAAGGCCAUCGGAUUACAAAUCGAGGAUUGGGAUGAAAUGCAAACCUGA